CUCCCCCCAUACAUUGUAUCCACCCCCCUGAAGGAAAAACAAAAUGGGAGCCGAGUUCAAUCCCUUCGCUUCGCCGCAAACUGUGAUUGAGGACUCCGUCAAAGGGGAAACGGACUACCUGAACAGAAACGAAACGCUGGAAAACUACCUCAGUCUGUAUGACGAACCAGCGAAAGGGGAACUCAACAGCGUAAAGGCAAACAUGAAGCUGAAGGAAGAGCCAAGUUGCAUAGACUCAAUCAUAUUCGGCGAACUGGAGAUGGCACACGACCACUACAGUGUGUUUGAUCAUGUGGGGGGAAGUUCCCCACGAAGUUUUUGCAAUUCUGGAGAUGGCAGUCUGAGCGACACGGGCGCCAACGAGACGCCCUUCCAGGCGCGCAGCGGCGAAGACCCGAAGGACACACCCGAAAUGGAGCUCCUUCUGGAAGACAACUUUGAAGCCCCUUGCAGUGACAACCUGUUCGAGGUGCACAGCUUCAAGGAGGGCCCGAGUGGGCAGCUGGCCGAGACUCCAGUGGGUCUUUUGGAGGGAGAACGGGAGGAGUCUCCCAAGGGAGACCUGCAGAGCGAAAUGCCCUACGACGAGUGCGCCCUGACGAACGGCUUCUUCAACACAAUAGAGAAUAUAAAUACCCAAGUGGUGCAGAAAUACAACAGUUUGAAAGGCGUGUCCGAAAGACUCAUUGGGGUGGUUAGCAAUUCUGCCUUCGAGCAACGGAUAGAUGAGCUGCUCAGGUUCAGCGAAAGGAACUCUGUGCUCAUCGAGGAGUUCCGCAGGCAAAGCGAGGAGUGCAUUCGCCGGUGCCGCAAGUUUGAGACGUCCUCCGAGCAGCUCGUCGGAGAGUGCAUCGACACCCUGGCCAACAGCAGCAUCUGCUACGCGGAGUGGGUGUGCCUGCACGCGCGCAGGGUGGACCCCUUGGAGGUGGUGCUCUCGGACGUGCGCGAGUUCGUCCGCGCGAACGAGUAGGUGGGAAGUUAACACAAUGGAGAAGUUAAGUGGGUAAAGAAGUUAAGUGGGUAAAGAAGUUAAGUGGGUAAAGAAGUUAAGUGGGUAAAGAAGUUACGUGGGUAAAGAAGUUACGUGGGUAAAGAAGUUAAAAUAAUGGGGACGCCCCAAACACUUGGAGACGCGCUAACCACUUGGGGAGGCGCCGCUUGACCCCCCGCUUGAAGUGCUCCACCCCUACAUGAAGAGCGAGCCGGGGGCGCGCGGAAAGGGCACGACGUCCCGGAUGUUGCUCAUGGAGGUGAGGAACAUAAUGAGCCGGUCCACGCCAAGCCCAAACCCCGCGUGAGGCACAUUACCCUGGCGACGGAGCUGCAGGUAGGGCUCAUACAGCCGCAGAUCCAGACGCUUCUCCUUCAUCCGCCGCUCCAGUGUGUGUAUUCUUAUCUCUCGUUCUGACCCCCCAACCACCUCUCCGACGUGCGGAAGGAGCACGUCCAUGCAAGCAACUGUUUUUCCAUCCGCGUUAAGAGCCAUGUAAAAGGGUUUAAUCUCCUGUGGGUAAUUCACAACAACGACUGGCGAGCGGAAGUGCACCUCGGUUAGAAAGCGCUGCUCCUCGAAGGUGAGGUCGGCUCUGGGUGGCGGAGCGCCCCCACGUUGAGACACAUCUGUGCGUGCUGCUACAUGCGGAUCUACCGCCACCCCCACACGCCCCACGUGCCGCUUCACAAUUUGCAUAGCCUCAUCGUACGUGACGACGGCGAAGGGUUUUUGCAAAACAGCCUGCAGCUUCUCCUUCAGCGUGCGGUCGUGGUGCUCGUGGAUGUAGUCUACGUCCUCCGACUGAUGCAGAGCGAAUUUCACCAUCG